AUGGGAAAAUUCGAUGGCAUUGAGCCUAUUUGUUAUUCACGAAACGUGGAUAUGGCAGGCUUUCUUAUUUUCCAGCCUGCAAUGUUGAUUAUGAAUAUGAUUGCUCUUUUCAUGACAGGCGUUAUGAUAUAUCAUAUAAAAACUAAAUAUACUGCAGUAGGUCGAAAAGAGAUUAUCAUAUUCUUUCAAUUAUAUUCAGUGACUAUUUUUCUUGAAAUGUUAUUGGUAACUAAUAUUAUACCAACGGCAUCUAUAUUAUAUCCAUUUUUUACAGCGACGCAUAUAGGAUUAAUUAGUGCACUUUGUUGGUGCCUAUUAUUAACUGGAUUUGUUGGAUUUCAAUUCACAGAAGAUGGUACAGCGAUUAGUUUAUGGUCAAUUCGCAUUAGUACAUUUAUAGUAUUUUUUAUAGUUGGAUUUAUUGCUAUGGCAACUUUUAAUAAUCUUGGACCCUUCAAGUAUACAUCUCCUGGAAUUUUAUGGACAAUCUAUUUUAUACUAAAUGGAUCUAUGCUUCUUAUUUAUACGAUAUCACAAGCUAUUUUAAUCCUGUUUACCUUAGAUGAUCGAUGGCCAUUAGGAGACGUUAUAUUUGGAGUUUUAUUUUUUGUAUCAGGCUUAGUUGUAACUUACAUAUUUUCCGUUACACUAUGUGAAGAAAUGAAGCAUUAUCUAGAUGGUCUCUUUUUCGGUAGUUUGUGUGAUUUAUUAGCUGUAAUGAUGGUUUAUAAAUAUUGGGAUUCAAUUACAAAAGAAGAUUUGGAGUUUUCAAUCGAUUUGAAAUAUCAAAAUUGGGAAACACAAGCUUUAUUUAACGAGGAAGAAGUAAAAAGUGCUAAAUGA